AUGACCAGGCUGCUCCUGGUGCUCUGGGCGUCCCUGGUGUCUGUGGAGCUCGCCCGAGGCUUGGCGAAUAGGGCGCCAGCCGGAAACCUGAGCUGCUUCCAGUGUUUCAAGGUCCACCGACUCAACCGGUGCCAGCCCAAGGUGUGCCGGCCGGAUGAAAAAGUCUGCCACAGCAACGAGGUGCUCCUUUACACGAAAUCAAGGAGAAGAAUCCAGAUCAGCAAGUGCUGUGCUGUCCAAUGUCCCAACUCCAACAGCCAGUUUGAGUGGACACUUACCGAAGGAAUUCAGGCCAAAAUCAUCAGACGAUGCUGUUCAGAGCAUCUCUGCAACAGAGCACCAGAUACCCAGGUGUCCAGGGCGCUGCCAGGGAGGAUCCUGCUGCCAAUGGGUCUGGGCCUCUUCGGCACCCUAUUGUGA